AAACACCAGGAUACACAGCAGGGAUAGGUACAGCUUCAGGACCAGACGAGUGAAUGGAUACCUUAUGCAGUCUAAGCGGACUUGACCCUCUAUGGGACUGGAACCAGACAUGGUACACGCAUAAACCUGAAGUGAGCAACUGCUUCCAGAACACAGUCCUGGUGUGGGCUCCGUGCAUCUACCUGUGGGUCCUCUCUCCAUUCUACUGCCUUCAUCUGUACUGCCAUGGCCGAGGUCGGCUGCCCCUCUCUUCACUCUGCAGUGCCAAGCUGUUGCUGGGGUUCUUCUUGGCGUCCUUUGGUUUUGUGGAAUUCUUCUACAUCCUGUUGGAACGAAGACAGGAAAUCCAGCAACACCUUGUCUUCUUGCUCAGUCCCGUCAUUCGUAGUCUCACCGUGGUGUUAGCUGUGUGCGUGAUUCAUUGGGAGAGAGUGCGAGGAUGCCGUUCCUCUGUUUUCCUGUUCUUCUUCUGGUUGUUGGGCGUGGUCUGUUCCCUUAUUCCGCUUCAUGCAAAGGUCCAGCUGGCUGUGGAUCAGGGUCUCUCUCCGGAUAUUGUGCGGUAUUUGGCCUUUUUCUCGUACUUCGCCCUGCAGUUGGCGCAACUCUUCCUCAGCUGUUUUGCAGACCGGGCACCCUCAGGCAAAGCCAUCCUCAAGAAUGCAUGUCCUGUUCAAGAUGCAUCAUUCUUGUCCAAGAUCCUCUUCUGGUGGUUCAGCGGGUUGAUUUUUAAGGGCUACCGUUCUCCUCUGCAAGCAGAAGAUCUGUGGAGUCUGAGGGAAGAGGAUACAUCUGAGAAGAUAAUAUCUGACCUGGAAGAAGAAUGGACAGCGGAGCGCACCAAAUUACAGCAGCAGGAGAACCACCUAAGCACCAGUAUUGCCUUGGGAUCUCGACUACCAGAGCAGGCCCAGUUUCUCCGGAAGAUUCAGAAGGAGCAGAGUUCGGGAUUCUGUCUCUUACGGACACUCGCGCGUAGCUUCGGACCCUACUUCCUAACAGGGACGCUGUGCAUCAUGGUCCACGAUGCCUUCAUGUUUUCAGUUCCACAGGUUCUAAGUUUGUUGUUAGGCUUUAUGAAGGAUGAGGAUGCUCCGCUGUGGAAGGGCUAUUUCUACGCCUCUCUUAUGUUCCUCCUGUCCUGCCUGCAGUCCAUCUUCAACCACCAUUACACCUACACCUGCUUUACUGUGGGCAUGAGGGUUAAAACAGCUGUCAUGGGUCUGGUCUACAGAAAGUCUCUUGUCAUGAACAGCGCAGCACGCAGAACAUGCACAGUGGGGGAGAUUGUCAAUCUGGUCUCUGCUGAUACUCAGAAGCUGAUGGAUUUUGUGGUGUAUUUCAAUGCAGUGUGGUUAGCACCCAUUGAGGUCACACUCUGUCUCUUCUUUCUUUGGCAGCAUUUAGGACCAUCUGCUCUAGCAGGCAUUGCCACUGUGAUCUUCAUUUUCCCUCUGAACGGAUUCAUUGCAAGGAAGAGAAGCAAACUCCAGGAGAUACAAAUGAAGUACAUGGAUGGACGGGUCAAUUUAAUGAAUGAGAUUCUGAAUGGUAUCAAGAUUUUGAAGUUCUACGCCUGGGAAAAGGCUUUUCUGGAGCAGGUCCUGGGAUACAGAGAGAAGGAGCUUAAAACUCUGAAGAAAUCACAGAUCUUAUACUCUGUUUCUAUUGCUUCCUUCAACUCCUCAUCCUUCCUGAUUGCUUUUGCCAUGUUUGGCGUCUAUGUGCUCAUUGAUGAUAAGAAUGUUCUGGAUGCUCAGAAAAUCUUUGUAUCAAUGGCUCUUAUCAACAUACUGAAAACCCCCCUAAGCCAACUUCCUUUUGCCAUGAGCACAACCAUGCAGGCUCUUGUCUCUUUAAAACGUCUGGGGAAAUUUCUUUGUCAAGAUGAACUCAAACCAGAAAAUGUGACAAGGGAAUCCUUUAAAUCCGAUGUGGAUGGUGUAGUGUUUGAGAAUGGAACCUUCAGCUGGUCUAAGGAUGGCCCCCCAUGUCUAAAAAGGAUCAGCGUUAGAGUUCCCUGUGGUUCACUGGUUGCUGUUGUCGGCCAUGUUGGCAGUGGGAAAUCCUCGCUGCUUUCUGCCAUGCUUGGGGAGACUGAAAAAAGAAGCGGGGCAGUCUCAGUCAAGGGCUCAAUUGCCUACGUUCCCCAGCAAGCUUGGAUCCAAAAUGCCAGUCUGCAGGACAACAUUCUGUUUGGACGGGAAAAAAAGGAAAGCUGGUAUCAGCGGGUGCUGGAAGCCUGUGCCCUGCUGCCAGAUCUGGACAAUCUGCCUGCAGGAGAUGCUACUGAGAUCGGAGAGAAGGGUUUAAAUUUGUCUGGAGGACAGAAACAGAGGGUGAGCCUGGCACGUGCUGUUUACAGGAAAGGUGACGUGUACCUGCUUGAUGACCCCCUGUCUGCGGUGGAUGCACAUGUUGGUCAGCACAUCUUCAACAAAGUCAUUGGACCCAGAGGCAUACUGAGAGACAAGACACGGGUUUUGGUGACCCAUGGAAUGAGCUUCCUGCCUCAGGCGGAUUUGAUUCUGGUUCUGGUGGACGGGGAGAUCAGUGAGCGAGGCUCCUAUCAAGAACUUCUGAACCGGAAUGGUGCUUUUGCUGAUUUCAUCCACACCUUUGCAAGCUCUGAAAGGAAAGAGUGCUUUUCAGAGGCCUCCCAAAGAGGCUCCAGAAGACUGUCCGUAAGAUUGAGUGUUACUGAAUACAUGCCAUUUUCCAGGGAUCUGUCCCAAGAGCAGCUUAUCAGCGGUGACACCAACAGUAUUACAAUUGAGCCACUGCCCGAUUCUGAUGAGGACCACAUCCAAGAAGACCUGGGCAAACUGACUAAGGUUGAUAAAGCACGGAUUGGCAGAGUCAAACUUGAGAUGUACAUUGAAUACUUCCGCACUAUUGGUUUGCCGUUGAUAGUUUCCAUUGUAUUCCUGUAUGCCUUCCAACAAGCAGCAUCUCUGUCUUAUAAUUACUGGUUAAGCUUGUGGGCUGAUCAGCCUGUCAUCAACGGCACUCAAUUAAACACGGCUCUGAAACUGGGAGUCUAUGGAGCUCUCGGCUUCGCUCAAGGAAUUGCCAUAUUUGGUACCACGGUGGCCAUCUCAUUAGGGUGCAUCAUCGCCUCCCGCCAUCUUCACUUGGAACUUCUGAACAACGUGCUUCACUCCCCUAUGUCGUUCUUCGAGUCCACUCCCAGUGGCAACCUCCUCAAUCGUUUUGCUAAAGAGAUAGAUGCCAUAGACAAUAUGAUCCCUGAUGGGCUGAAAAUGAUGCUAGGUUACUUCUUCAAACUGAUGGAAGUCUGUAUCAUCGUGUUGAUGGCCACUCCUUUCGCAGCCGUUAUCAUCCUUCCUAUGGGGUUCCUCUAUGGUUUCAUACAGAGUUUCUACGUGGCCACAUCCUGCCAGCUGCGGCGGUUGGAGUCAGUGAGUCGCUCUCCCAUCUACACGCAUUUAAACGAGACAGUGCAGGGUGCCAGUGUCAUCAGGGCAUUCAAUGAGCAGUCACGCUUCAUUAUGGGUGUCAAUCACAAGGUGGAUCACAACCAAACAGCUUACUUUCCCCGUUUUGUAGCCACAAGGUGGCUGGGUGUGAAUUUGGAGUUUCUAGGUAAUGGCAUUGUCCUUGCUGCUUCUAUUCUCUCUGUGAUGGCAAAAGGAACCCUGAGCCCUGGGAUGGUCGGUCUGGCCGUGUCUCAUUCACUUCAGGUGACAGGUUUCCUGAGCUGGAUUGUAAGGUCAUGGACGGAUGUAGAGAACAACAUUGUAUCAGUUGAGAGAGUGAAAGAGUAUGCAGACACUCCAAAAGAAGCAGCUUGGAGCAUAGAGGGAAGUUCUUUACCGCCAUCUUGGCCUCAAAAAGGGACCAUAGAAUUUCAAGAUUAUGGCCUUCAGUACCGUAAAGGCCUGGAGUUGGCCCUGAAGGGCAUCUCUGUUCACAUCAAAGAGCGGGAGAAGAUUGGUAUUGUGGGAAGAACUGGUGCAGGAAAAUCAUCUUUGGCUCUUGGAAUUUUCCGGAUCUUGGAAGCAGCAAAAGGACAGAUCUACAUCGAUGGAAUCAAUAUUGCAGAGAUCGGGCUUCACGAUCUAAGAUCCCGCAUCACCAUCAUUCCACAAGACCCAGUGCUGUUUUCAGGAUCUCUCCGUAUGAACCUUGACCCCUUCGAUGCCUAUGCUGAUGAGGAAGUGUGGAAUGCCUUGGAACUGGCUCACCUUAAACAUUUUGUGUCUGAACUUCCAGAUAAGCUCAAUCAUGAGUGCUCAGAAGGAGGAGAAAAUCUCAGUCUUGGUCAGAGGCAGCUGGUUUGUCUAGCAAGAGCUCUUCUCCGAAAGACAAAAAUUUUGGUGCUGGAUGAGGCCACAGCUGCAUUGGACCUGGAGACAGACACCCUGAUCCAGUCUACCAUCCGCAGCCAGUUUGAGGACUGUGCUGUUCUUACCAUCGCGCACCGCCUCAAUACCAUUAUGGAUUACACAAAGGUGAUUGUUAUGGAUAAAGGACAUAUCGUCGAGAUGGACUCGCCCAGUAACCUUAUUGCAAAACGAGGCCAGUUUUACUACAUGUGCAGGGAAGCUGGGCUUUUAUAAGACUUUACACAUCGACUGUCUUCUUGCGCCUCCUUGUGGCGAAAGCAAAGAAUCUGCAGACUCUCCAUUUCUCAGUUCAGAACAGAGAGACAUCCCAAUAAUACAGCUGGUGCUUCACAAGGGGAAAAGACCAGACGCUUGAAUCACACACUUCCCCACAAACGAAAAUGGUUUGCCUGUUAAAUUUGAAGAUGUAAGUGUUUACUCAGGUUUACUCGCCAUCUCCAUGGGCAUAGUAACACUAUGCAGCGCUUAGGAAGAAUGAGAAAAAGACUUUCCUGCCAGAAGCUAUUUGUAGGGUUACAGAACGGUGUAUUUGAUGGAAACCUGUAAAUAUGGCACCUAAUUAAAUACGCAAAACAAUUAGGGAGGAAAGAGUCUGUUCUGCCUGUGCCACAGCAUCCAUGGUGAAAGAACAUGAAUGUGAAUAGCUAACAUGUUAAUGUUGUUGCACAGUUAAAUUACAGAUCAAUGAAGAUAAUUCUAUAAGCUCUAGUGGAUUCUUAGUUCUCUUCAUAGACCGUCAGUUAUGUAUAGAAUCACGUAAGAGGACAAAUAUGUUUACAAACAUAUUGCCACAUAUACUUGACCUAAAAUUCCCUGAAAAAUUCCAGACUCCCUUUCAGACACUAAUUAAAGCUUUUACGAGAGGGUUUAGGGAGAAAAACAGUACAGUUGCCGAAGUACGCUGUGGUGUUUGUUCGUUUCAGCCAAAGUAAACAAAUACAAGGGACAACAAUGGCUGGAUGAAAGAACAUGCAACCUGUACGCAAUAAAAUACUACAUGACUUCAUUACUGCUGACCGAUCAAAGAGUUUUAAUAUCUCAAGAAAAUAUUGUUCACCACCAUUCUGAAGGCAAGAUUUUUAUUUAGCAGUUUUGCACUUCAGUGUAAGAAAAGUGUUUUACAAGCAUUUUGUUCUCUGUAACUGUAGAUUUUUAGAAAUAUAUUUUAAUCUUAAAAGUGGACAUGAAAAGACACUGCAUCUCGUCUUGUAAGACAAUGCAAAAAGCUACAUGUGUGACAUGUACAUUCAAGUGCCUUUGUGACACUCCAGAUUUUAUUUAUAUUUUAUAUUUAAUCUUUAUUGACACUUCAUCUCAUGUUUUGUAUGUUUAUACAUGUAAUAACUGUGUAUAAAGAAACUUUCGACAUCUUGAUAAAGAUGCGUCAUUGUGCUUCUAUAAGCUUUUCUACAGGCUUCAUAUUUGAUGACAAACUGAAAAACAUGCUGUUAAACAAUUGCGCAAAAACAAACAAAAAAAAAAAAACACUCUUUGGACAUGAUGAACAAGCCUCAGCAAAAAAAAAAAAAAUGAGUACCAAACUAUAUUUAUUGUUUACAGUAGUAAAGGACAACAAAAAAAAUGUACAUAUCAGUACAGAAGGAUGACAACAACUGGAAAUCUUUGAGUCAAACUCUCUCUCCCUUUCAACCAUAUGAAUUACAGUGGGAGGGCAAGAGAUGUUAAAAGAAAUCAGACCAGUCCUUGUCAGCGAUGACAGACACAUCACCUCAAAGCCUGAAAGGAUUCCCUUUUGUUUUGCUUCAAGACCUGGUCAUAGUUUUGGGAUUUAAAAAAAAAAAAAAAAAAAAAAAGGAGGAAAAGAAAGUAAUGAACAGGAAAAAAGAUAUAUUGGUCUUUUUAGGUCAUUCCUGUUUCCUCAACCAACACUCAAGAGGAAAUAGGAAUGGUAAAUGGAUAUAUUUCUACAGACAUUUAAAAGUAUAAACACAGAACUAGUUGGUGUAAUCCUGCCCCUAUUUGCUAAUCGAGUACCAUCUUUGGGGUUUGGUCCAGAAAGGGUGACUGUAAAUUGUAUCAUGUGUUCAGUCUCUUCGUUUUUAAUCGACCUCCACCGAGAUGGUUCACAGAUACCAUCCCUACAGCGAGCUCAUACGAGAAGUAGCCC